UCGCCGCACGGUGCGCUACCCUCCUCAGGAUCAGGCGCCAACAGCAGCAGCCGCAGCAGGAGAGACUCUGAACCUCCCGCUGAAUAAAAUGAAGUCAGUCUAGUUAUUUUUAAACCCUCCAACGGUGAGCAUCGUAUCGCUGUCUCGCGCGCGGCUUUUGUUUCAUAUACGAUGUCCGGAAGUUCAAUCCCGUUGUUUUUGUGGUCGUCGUCCUGUAGGCGCUGUCCAGUUUCCGGAUUCCUUAGUUAGUUUUGUCGGUGGUUUUGGUGAUUGUUAGUUAUAUUCCCCUUCGGUAAUCGUUCCCAGGUUCUAACCUAAAAACUCUUAAUUCCCAAAUGGAUGAAGUUAAGAAUAAGGAUUUAGCGUGAGAGCCGUUCCCUGGCUACUGGAUCAAACUGGCACACCAGUUCUGGAUCUCUUACCCGCCACCGGGGGCGGGCAGCUCCUCCAGCUCCAAGGACAAGGAGAAAGAGAAGUUGGAGGACGAGAAAAAACCGCUGUCGAAGGAGCAGAGACAGCAGGAGUACGACGCUGCUAUAAAGGAACACCACCGUUCCCAGCGGGAGCAGUGGGAGAUCCGCCAGCUCGACAACGACCUGCUCCAGCAGCGCCAAUCGGAGCGGGAGCGGGAACGGGAGCAAAAGGAACUGGCCGAGCAACGUCUGCUCCUCGUCGACGAACAGGAUGAACUUAAUCAGCAGCCGCCUAAGAAAUCUCCACUUACAAAAGAAAGGUGCAGAGCGCCUAUAGCUAGUUUGGACUGCAUGGAAGAAUUCAGCGCUGGCAGCGCCCUAAGUGCCCUAGCUGACCGUCCCGGCGAUGGUACCAUCACCAAAGAACAGCUGUUGCUCAGCGGAUUGGCCCACUCAGCUCCGGCGGUACCGCUUCAGUUGACCAGGUCUACCAACAUCACGCCGGGGUUGAGGUACAGGAACUUGGGCAAGAGUGGACUCAGGGUGUCCAACAUUGGACUAGGCACUUGGCCGACUUUCAGCCCCAACGUGAGCGAGGAACAAGCCGAACAAAUAAUCGUUUUAGCCGUGGAGAGCGGCAUUAACGUUUUUGAUCUAUCAGAAGCCCAUUCAGGAACCAGAGCGGAGGUAGAAUUGGGCCGCAUUCUAUCCAGAAGAGGCUGGAAAAGGACCAGCUUUAUCGUCACGACGAAAAUUUAUUGGAGCACUAGGUCUGAAGAGCGAGGACUAUCGAGGAAACACAUAAUAGAAAGCGUUAAGGCCAGCCUACACCGUCUUCAGCUGUCCUACAUUGAUGUCGUCAUCGUUCAUAAAGCGGACCCGAUGUGUCCUAUGGAAGAAGUAGUUAGGGCAAUCAAUUACGUCAUCAACCAAGGCUGGGUAAUGUAUUGGGGCACAGCGCGAUGGUCCCCAGUGGAGAUAAUGGAGGCCUACACCAACUGCAGGCAGUUCAACUGCGUAACGCCUAUAGUAGAGCAGGCUGAGUACCAUCUAUUCUGUAGAGAAAAAACGGAGCUCUAUAUGCCAGAAUUAUAUAAUAAAAUUGGAGUGGGAUUGAUGGCGUGGUCUCCCAUAUCCAUGGGCCUGUCCCAAGGGAAAGACGACAGCAGUAUCCAGUUAUUCUCCAGGGCCAGUUUUAGAAACAAAUAUAGCUCGUUCUCUUGGACAGAAGAUGAAACGGCAGCCACAAAUAAAGAGGGCUACGGCUGGAUGAAGGAGCGCAUCCAGCCGGAAGAAUCCAGGAGACAUUCGGAGAGAAUCAGGGAAUUAAACGGUCUGGCGGAGAAAUUGGGAUGCUCGCUGACUCAGCUUACCAUAGCGUGGAGUUUGAAAAACGAGUCAGUGCAGUGCUUACUUCUAGGAGCCAGUAACGUGGAGCAGCUGUACGAGAAUAUCCAAGCUUUGCAGUUAAUACCCAAGCUGAAUACUAAUAUGGUUCAAGAUAUCGAAAAGAUUCUUGAAAAUAAGCCCUCUAGGCCGCCAAUGGUUUCCACUUUGGCGCUUAGAUGACAAUCAAUGUGCCCUCCAGGCUCUAUUAGUGGCCAGGGGGGCACGAGCAACGCCGAGAGCCCCAAGGGCGACGACGUGAGCAACACGGACACCGACACCGGCAAAGACAGCCAGAAACUGCCCUUCUGCGAGAUUCAGUGACACAGAGUUAGCGAGUUUGUGAAAACUCGUAAAAGCAAAACGCCCGACGAGAAGCCGCAGGUCAAGGAGAAGGUGCGCUGGUCCUACAGUCCCGAGGAGGGGCCCAAGUGCACCACCGAAACCUUCGUCUCGAAGAAGAAGGACAAGAAAGUGGUGAGCCCUGUGAACGUAUGAGAGUGGAAGAAACAGAAAAGAGACCGCGCGAAUCUCGCGGCAGGGGAGACUUUGAUUUGAAAGGGUUCGGAACGUUGAGAUAGAUAAUAAGGUUGUUGGUUUGGAAUACGGAUAAAUAAGUAAAGGUAGACGCGUUCUAAGAAAAUAAAAUAAUUAUUGGUUUAUACCUAGUCGUUCUAUGUUCGUCUAGAAAAAGGUCUGAGUAUUUUUUAGAAAUUUAAAAGACAAAAACUCUAUUUUUCGUAAAAUGUCACUAGAAUCCAGACUGAAAUCAGAGACAUUUAAAAAAAUAUUAUAUGAUAGAGCAAAAACAAUACGUUCAAACAACAAUUCACUAAACAAAGAUAGAAACCUUAUAAAAGAAACACUAAUAAAAAACGAUUAUAUAUAAACCACCAUCCUUUAUUGACCAAGCAUUAUACAAGCCAUAGGUCCCAGAAUACACGCAAUGAAGAUAGUACCCUAUAUAGGGUGGUAGGUCUAGGUGGUGGAUCGGCGUUGGAAACAUAGGAAAUUCCAUACAAAUGUUGAACUGUCCAAAUAUUGGCUCAGGAGAUAUACCUCCUGAAAAAUUAGUAAUUUUUUGUCAGUUAAGUAAAUUCCUUUUACUAGUAAAAAAAUACUGACAAGCUGGUUUCCAUUUCGAUUCAACGCCAGUGGUGUUCUCAAAAAAUAACUAUUUUAUUUUGUAGAUUUUUUUCCAGUAGCGAAAAUCCCAGAGUUAUUUUUACGGAAUAUUUUAGGAACGCUCUACGUUUACGUAUUUCUCUGAAGUUUAUAACUUCGAAGUACUCAAUUUUGAAUUAUAAAGUCAAGUUUUUAUAGAGUCUUUAUGAUUUUUCUUAUGAUAUCUUAAGUCAUAUACAGUGCCACAGAUAAAGUAAACUAGCCAUUGCGGGUAAUAUCUAAAUUUGACAUUUAAAGAAAUAAAUGAGUAUAAAAUGGCCUGAGUAUGAAUCCUGGCCGAAUUUUGAAAAACUUUAUUUGAGAAAGUUCUUUUUUUUUCAAUUUUACAUAAAUAUGCGAAUUUUGAACCAAUUGCCAGCCGUUAAAUUUAUUUAUUACUCAAGUUAAACAUAAUAUUAUACAAGGUGUCCCAGAAAUAAGUGCAAGUAUUUUAACUGGUAGUAUAGUGCAACCCCAGAAACACG